AUGCCUACUGACGCGAGCCCCGAGAAGGGCUCGACGACUCCCGCUAGGAGCAACCAGGAGCAAGAAAUCAUACAGCGGCAAUUGCAUUUUGAAGAGGUCGACUCUUCAUUCUUUUCUCUCUUUCAAUACGCAACGCCCAUCGACUUCCUCGUUAUCGCCAUCAGCGCUGUGUUCGCUUUGAUCGCUGGUGCUCUCGUUCCCCUCCCCGCGGUCUUGUUUGGGCAGCUCUCCGAUGUGUUUGUUAGAGUAGAGAGUGGCGGCUCUGCCCACCACUCAGGCUCUGGCCAACAGAUCAGCUACUACUCGACAUUCUUCCUUUAUAUAGCCCUGGCCGCCUUGGCUUCCUGGUUCAUCUCUACUGCGGGAUUCUCUCACGCUGGAGCGAGAAUCUCCCAGCAGAUCAGAAUACGAUACCUCGAGGCGCUCUUGCGCCAAAAUAUGGGCGUCUUCGACGACAUGGGUUCCGGCAACCUGGUGUCACCACUCGGAGCAGACUUGAAUGCCAUUCAGGACGCCAUGUCCCAGAAACUGUCAAUCACUGUCAGCAGUAUUGGUACAUUACUUGCCACUUAUAUUAUGAGCUUCAUCCUCCACUGGAAGCUGACUCUGAUGCUGACAUGGUCCUUCUUUCUGGGCCUGGCCCUUCUCUACCUUGGCAACUUGGUAGCAGGUCGAUACUUGGGACGCUCGACAGAGGCCCAAACAGCUAGCAGCUCUGUCGCAGAGGAAGCUCUUGGGUCCAUCAAGAGUAUUACGGCCUUGGCCUUUCAGAAACAAAUAUCCAGCAGCUAUGACUGUCAGCUCAAAAAGGCUGAGAAGGCUGGAUCUGCCCUCAAAACACUAAUGGGUAUCAUGGUAGCAGUCACGGUCGGCACUGGCUACUUGAACGUUGCCCUCUCUUUUUGGCAGGGCUCCAAUUUUCUUGAGCACGGCAAGAUCUCAUUCAUGGCUCUUGUUGCCAUCACGGUCAUCGCCAAAACUGCUGCUUUCUGCGUCCUUAGUGUCGGCCAUAACGCCGAGACCUUUGUGACAGCAAAGGGCGCAGCGCUGCGGGUCAUGCGAAUGACCAGCCGAAUUUCUCCUAUUGAUCCCAUGUCGGACAUUGGCCAAGUACCUGAACAGAUAGAUGGUACUAUUGAGCUCCGAGACAUCAAGCACAUCUACCCUUCGCGGCCCGAAAUCGCCGUCGCCAAUGGCCUGAGCGUGCGAUUCCCAGCCGGAAAAAUUACAGCUGUUGUUGGGGCCUCUGGCUCAGGUAAAAGCUCUAUUGCGAAGCUGAUCAUGCGUUUUUACGAGCCUGUCGGUGGUCAGAUCCAUCUUGACAAUCACCGCCUCCAGGAUCUUAACCUGAGAUGGCUGAGGCGUCAAAUCAGAUUGGUGAACCAGGACACCUACCUCUUUGACACCACUAUUCUCAAGAACAUUGAGUAUGGCUUUUGUGGCACGCCGCUUGAUAAUUUGACCGCUGCAGAGAAGCUGGAAAGGGUCGAGGCGGCUGCCAAAAGUGCCUGCGCCCACGACUUCAUCAUGGGUCUACCACAGGGUUACCAAACAACAGUGGGCCCUAGAGGCUCAAAGAUGUCAGGAGGUCAGAAGCAAAGGAUUGCUAUUGCCAGGGCACUCGUUGUCGAGCCCAAGCUCCUCAUUCUGGACGAGGCUACAUCUGCCCUAGAUGUUAGGACGGAGAUGUCCGUCCAGGCUGCACUCGGCGCCUCCACAAUAGACAGAACAACCAUCAUCAUUGCUCAUCGUCUUUCAACUGUUCGCCAAGCAGACAAUAUUGUUGUGGUUGAGCAUGGAGUCAAUGUUGAGGAGGGUACACAUACCGAAUUGAUGGGACGCCAAGGCACCUACUUUGCCCUCGUCAACGCCCAAGAUGUUUCUGAGGGGAAUAAAGAGGACGUGAAUGAAUACUCCCAUCUCGAAGCAGGUACGAAAGAGUUGGCCGACAAUCAGCACAAAGUUGGAGAUGGGCAGGAUGAACGGGAGGGUGUGUGGGGUACUUUGGCUGUCUCUGAUCAGCCGGCGGAACUUGCGCUUUCGACAGCCAAGAAAGAUGAUACCUCCUCGAGCUCACUCCUUUCCAUGGCCAAGUUUGUCCUACAGCUCAACAAGGAGGAGUGGUAUUACAUUUCGAUAGGUCUUCUCUGCUCCGCCAUUGCCGGUUUUGAGGAGCCGGCUUCGGCCAUCUUGUUUGGCCACGCGGUUGUCGAGGCCGCGACAACAUCCGCCCACGAUCAGGCUAAAUCAAGGGCUAGCUUUUGGUCCUGGAUGUUUUUCCUGCUUGCCGUUGUCAUGAUGAUAGUUUUCAGCAUCCAGAGCUCAGUCUUUGCGAUUUGUUCAGAGCGCUUGAUCUAUCGAGCACGGAAGCUUGCGCUGGCACACAUGCUCCGUCAGGAGAUUGCAUUCUUCGACAAGAAGGAAAACUCGCCUGGAGCUCUCGUCAACUUUCUGUCUACGGAGGCGGCUGAUCUUGCCGGGAUCAGCGGUGGUACUGUUGGACUUAUCCUGAUCGCUACAUCGACACUUACAGCUGCAUUUGUCGUUAGUGUAGCGUUUGGGUGGAAGCUCGCACUUGUUUGCUCGGCUGUAAUCCCUAUUCUUAUUGGGAGUGGGUUUAUCGGAGUUUGGGCUUCUAGUCGCUUUGAAAAGCUCAAUGAAGAGCACACGAGAGCGUCAGCUGCCUAUGCGGGAGAAGCCAUCAGCGCCAUUCAGACAGUGGCCUCGCUCACAAUGGAAACGCGCAUUCUCCAAGACUACGAGAAGAGCCUAGCUAUACAUGCAAAGGCAGGCUUAAAAGCCAAUCUGAAGGCGUGUUUGGUGCUUUCUUUGGCGCGGAGUGGCGUCUACGCUUGCAUGGCUCUAGGAUUCUGGUAUGGAGGCACCCUGAUACUCGGUGGCGAGUAUUCACUACUGCAAUUUGUCAUUGUGUAUUCCUCCAUCAUAACGAGCGCAUACUCUGCGGGUCUGAUAUUUUCUUUCACGCCGAAUAUUGGCAAGGCAAAGCGGUCUGCCGUCAACCUCCAGAGUCUGCUCGAGCGCAAGUCGCAGAUUGACCCCGAGUCUCUGCUGGGCAAGAAGCCGCCUCAGCAGCCCCGAGGAAACAUUGAGUUUAGGGAUGUGAGCUUUGCCUACCCAACUCGACCGCAGCAUCUAGCGCUGGAAAAGAUCUCUUUCAAUGUCGCAGGCGGGUCGAGCGUUGCCUUUAUUGGCCACACUGGCAGCGGGAAGAGCACGAUUAUAUCACUCAUCGAGCGCUUCUAUGAUCCUACUGCCGGAAGCAUUCUGCUUGACGGAGAAUCCAUCGACUCGCUCAACAUCUCCGAAUACCGCAGUUGUAUGGGACUCGUCACUCAAGAACCAGUACUGCUCCAGGGAACCAUACGAAUGAACAUAUUGGCUGGGUGCAAGGGAGAAGAAAUAUCUGACGUCGCAGUUCAGGAAGCUUGCAAGCAGGCCAACAUACUUGACUUCGUCUCCUCACUACCUGACGGACUCAAUACCGUAGUGGGAAAUCGCGGUGAGCAGCUCAGCGGCGGGCAGCGCCAGCGCCUGGCCAUUGCCCGCGCCCUCGUGAAGAAGCCGCCGAUUCUCAUCCUCGACGAGGCCACGUCUGCCGUCGACACGCAGUCCGAGUCUCUUAUUCAAGACGCUCUGGGAGAAGCCAGCCGCGGUCGCACGACGAUUACCGUCGCGCACCGUCUGAGCACCAUUCGGCACGCCGAUGUCAUCUAUGUACUUGAGCAGGGGCGGAUCGCUGAGUCUGGCUCGCAUUCGAGCCUUAUGGCGAAGAACGGGAUUUAUUUUGACAUGUUCUCCAAGGAUGACCGACGGCAGAGUUAG